AUGAUUCAAGAUGGUAAUAAGAAAGUCAAAAUUGAAGUAGACGAGAGUUGUACUGUUGGUACAUUAAGGUGUAUUAUUGCUAAUGAAUUUGUCAUAGAACCAGAUUUGAUUGGAAUAACUGUUAUGAAUAAAGAAAUUAAUGCCUUUGAUGAUGAACUAGCUAUUGACGUUGGUAUUAAGAAUAUGACAAUGAUUAGGAUAAUUCAUUUAGAUAAAGAAGAAAAAAGUGUUAAACAAGGUAAAAGUAAAAGUGGAUAUAUUGUAAAAAUUGAUAAAUUAAAAUGGGUUCCAAUUAGAAGAAAAAUGGCUGCUGAUAAUUCUUGCUUAUUCCACUGCUUAGAAUAUUUAUUUUAUAAUAAAAGUAGAAAUGAUCCAUAUCAUAUUCGACAAGAAGUUUCUGAAAUUGUCCAAUUAUAUCCUCAAAAAUUUACAACGGAUUAUUUAGGACAACCAAAUUCAUUAUAUUCUCAAAAUAUUCUCAAUCCAAGGACAUGGGGAAGUAAUAUAGAAAUUUCUAUUUACUCUUUUUUAAAAGAAUGUCAAAUUAUAGUAUUUGAUUUUGAGAAUAAUAUUGAUAUUACAUAUGGUGAUAAAUCAUUAAAUCGGUGUUGUUUUAUUAUUUUUACAGGAAAUCAUUUUGAUGUAAUUUGUUUAUCACGUUCAUUAAAUUCUCCAGAAAAUGAAGAUAUGGUAUUAUUUAAUAAUGAAGAUGAAGAGGUAAAAAAGAAAAUGAAAAAUUAUAUUCUCUCUGAACAUCCAAAAUUCCAUUUUACCUUUUAA